GUUAAAGAUGACAUUCUCUACAUGUCCAUGAUGUGGUAUCGUCAUAUAUUCUUGACCGUGUGGGGUCUCAAGCCUUUUCGAAAAGGGCAAUAAGUGUCGUGGAUGUAAUCUUGUCCCUAGCCUUUUCCAUGCAUAGCUUUGCAGAACGAUUUACAUUCAAGCUGUAAGCAUUCGAAGUGAUGGAUAGAUACAAGGCAGCGUAAUCACAGUGCUUAGGCUGAUGCACUGGCUAGCGAGCUUCCUUCAGUUUCGCAGACGGAGUGAAGUACACUGCCAAGCCGCGCACCCAACCCCACCAACGAGAACCACAAUACUGCCAUAACCGCUAAGUACGCGAUGCCCCGGAAAGCCUUUCCAAGCAAGAUGACGACCCUCAUGCGAAAUGCCAGGCUCAAGUGCAGGUCAUUCGAUUGUGGGCGCUUGACCCAGAGCGCGCUCCCGAACCUCUACACCGGUCAACCUCUAUUUAGCAGCUUCGACACCCAGAGAUACUGCUGUGCGCAACACGAUCCACUGUCGGGACUUACUUGCACAAACUUCAACUGCUCGCAGCUGUGCCAGAAGGUACUGCUCAUCGACCAGGGCAAACAACACACAAACCCUGGCUUCAACGCGCAAAAGUACUGCUCGAGGCAGUGCGCCGACACCCAAGAGCAGGAAGUAGUGUCUAGGCUCCGCCGUCUAAACAGCUUGUUGGACAAGCUGUUCUACGCCAUGCAAGACGUGAUAUAUCGUAUAGAGUUGAGGCGCGUGGAGAUCAAGCAUGAUAUAUCGUACCUCAUCGCCGAUUUCCGUUCGCUCCCUGUCAGCUUCAUGGACACCACGGCUAAAGAGACACGAGCGUUUCUGUCCUUCAAUCGUUGUGUGGCGGCAGUACGAGACCUCGCAGGCGUCAUCGCUCUUCUCUCAGAGGGUAAGUGUCUUCCACAGUUUGCUUAAGUCUUCAAACUAACAGCACUUAGGACUUCCCAACGAUUUGGUCAUCCGAGAAAACUACAUCGUUGGAGUCCUUCCAACCAUACACUAUCGCCUCCGGGCAGACGAAAACAGCUCCCAAACAGUUGCACCGAUGCA